AUGGAGGCCUCAAUCCCCCUGCAAGUCAAGAAGCUGUCUCCCCAGGGCAGACUGCCCACACGAGGCAGCGCAUUCGCCGCUGGAUACGACGUGUACGCCGCCAGAGACACAGUAGUGCCUGCGAGAGGCAAGGUCCUCGUCGAUACCGACAUUAGCAUCGCCGUGCCAGCUGGAACUUAUGGCCGAAUCGCUCCCCGCUCUGGCCUCGCCUCCAAGCACUUCAUCGACACCGGCGCCGGUGUCAUUGACGCAGACUACCGCGGGCCCGUCAAGGUUCUCCUCUUCAACCACGCCGACACCGACUAUGAGAUCAAGGAGGGCGACCGAGUUGCUCAGCUGGUGCUCGAGAGGAUCGUGACCCCCGAGGUUGUCGAAGUAGAGGAGUUGGAGGAGAGCGUGCGAGGAGCCGGUGGCUUUGGCAGCACGGGCAAGAACUAG